AUGUCAGCUUUUUCUGAUAUAUUUCGAAAAGCUCAUGAAGCUUUAAAUAAUUUAAGAGGAAAUAAUAAUAUAUCUCUUGGAAAAGAUGGAGAAAUUAUAUUUUCAAAAAACAAUGUUUGUGUUCAUGAGCUAAUAAAUGAAGAUGAAAAUAAUUAUGAUUGUGCAGAUUAUAACAUUAAUCAUAUUCCGGGAUAUUUAACUGUUCAUUGUGCACAUGAUGAAAUUAUUGGUGUAACAUUAAUAUUACAAUGGUUACCAAACAAAACAUUAGAAAAAAAUCCUGCUAGUAUUCGUUGUGUAUCACCACGGAGUUGCAAUAACAUUAUUGAUAAAAAGGAAUUACAUAAUGAAAUUGAUAACAUUGAUAAUACCAAGGAUAAUACAAUAGAUAAAGGUAUAAUUAUCAAUAAAAAUGAAAAUAAUGAAGAUACAACAAAAUAUGAUACUAAUGAAAUUAGUAAACCUUCAGAUAUAAUUGUUGAAAUAGAAGGUGAAAUAUCAUCUUUUGAUAAUGAUAAUUUUCAAAAUUCAUCAAGACCAAAAGCUUUUUCAUUUUCAUUAAAUGAAAAUAGUCAUACAUCAAAAGAAAAAAGUAAUGAAAAUAAGAAAUUAAGUAAAAAAGAAUUAUUUGUUCCAUCAAUAAAUGUAAUUCCUAAUACACCUGUCGAAGGCAAUGAUGAUGAUUUAUUUGAACAACAUAUACAUUUAGAGGAUGAAGAGAAUGAUAGGUCGCAAAGUAGUGCUUCAACCUCUGAGGCUGAUGAGAUUGAAGAAGAGAUAAGUGAUUUUAUGGAUUCAUCAAGUGAUGAUAACAAUGAUUAUACUAAUGAAAAAUUUUCAAAUGCACAGUAUAAUUUUAUGAAAGAAUAUAAAAAAAAAGUUCAAAUGUGUGUUUCAGAAACACCAGAAAAAAUUGCUAAAAGUUGUAAACUUUUAAUUUGUGAUGAAUCAAAAAAUGAGGAUAGUUAUAUUACUUUGGAUCAAGAACGAGUUAUUUAUCAACAUAAUCCAAUUCAUAAGGCAUGUUUAUUUUCUGUAAAUUUAGCAAAAAUGAAAUCUAUGAGAGUAUUUUAUUCAAAUUCUGAAUGUACUAGUGGUCAAUUAGUUAUUGCUAGUAGAGAUGGACAAUAUAAAAUUUUACAUUUUCAUUAUGGUGGACUUGAUAAAUUAAGUUCAAUUUUUGAACAAUGGAAAUUAGUAAAAGGUAGAUCAUUAAAAGAUGGUUCACCAUCUAUUAUUUCCGAUCGUCAUUUACUUAUAUAUCAUCCUGAUAUAAAUCGUGAAGAUAUGGAUCCAGAAGAUGGUAUAUAUGAAAAACUUAAUACAACUACUUGGAAAAGUUUUAAAGCUGAAGAUGGUUCAAUAUCAGAAGAAAUGACUUUAAAAAAAAAUAUUUUUUUUGCUUCUAUUGAAAAAAAUUUAAGAAAAGAAAUAUGGCCAUUAUUAUUGGGUGUUUAUCCUUGGAAUAGUACAUAUGAAUCUCGUGAACAAAUAAGAAAUGAUUUAUUUUUAAAAUAUCAAUAUAUAAAAAAGAAACAAUUACAUAAAAUGAAAUCAAAUAAUCAUGAAUUUUGGCAUAAUAUUCAAUCAUCUAUUAUUAAAGAUGUUAUGAGAACUGAUAGAAAUAAUCCAUUUUUUCAAGGAGAUUCUAAUCCAAAUUUAAAUGAUAUGAAAGAGAUUCUUAUGAAUUAUGCAAUAACACAUAAAACUGUUAAUUAUAUACAAGGAAUGUCAGAUUUAUUAUCACCAAUUUUGAGAGCAAUUGGAAAUGAAGCUGAUGCAUAUUGGUGUUUUGUAAAAUUUAUGGAAAGAACACUUUUUGUUCCAUGUGAUAAGAAAGGUCUUUUACAUUCAGUUAUGGAAAAUCAAUUAAAUUUUUUGAGCAAUUUAUGUAAAUUAUUGCUACCAGACUUUUAUAAAUAUUUAAAUAAUGUUUCAAGUACAGGAUUAAGUUUUAUGUAUUGUCAUAGAUGGUUACUUUUAUUUUUUAAAAGAGAAUUUCAAGAAAAUGAUGUUAUGCAUAUUUGGGAAGCAUGUUGGUCAAAUUAUAAAACAAAAUAUUGUCAUUUAUUUAUUUGUAUUGCUAUUUCAUCUAUAUAUGCUUCAGAUAUAAUUAAACAAGAUAUGAAUUAUGAUGAAAUAUUAUUUUUUUUCUCAUCAUUAGCUAAUCAUAUGGAUGCAACAGUUGUUUUACAAAAAACUAGAGGUUUGAUAUAUAAAGUUAAUAGAAUGGAUAUUUUACCAUGUUCUUUAUUUGGUUUAUUAAUUGAUGAUGAUAAACAUGAUCAAUGGAAUACACAUUUACCAAAAAGAAAAUAUCAAUGUGAUUUAUGUAAAGAUUCUAAAAUAAAUUGUAUUGAAAAAAGAAAAAAUUCCAAUAAUAUGUAA